GCUAUUUUGAGAAACAAAUUGCCAAGAAAAUCCUGAAAGUUUAUGUAACUUUGGGAACAGCUGACAUGCUAAGCUCGGCAAAUAAACAAGCCUUUCUUACUGAACCGAAAUAAAGUCCCGUUCCUUUACCUGCAAAUAAUGCCAACAGCAACCAAUCAAAUCUACUCACUGAAACAAACUGCCAUUUUCAAUACUAAACCUUGCCAAUCAACGAACAUGCAGCCAAUUAUCGCCCUUCCUAUCCGUCACGUGACUAAGAAAGAGCUGUCCUUUCAUUGGACAGCGUAGAGCUGCCUCCCGAGCUCAUUUAUGUGCAAGGAGUGAGUGAUUGACUUUAUCAGUCCAAGGACAUCAUUCGUCUGGAAAGGGGGGGAAGUUUGAUCCUCUUUCUCACGGAUCCCAGUUACGGGAGUUUUUCUCCCGUUUACCGAGACCCGGGAUUACCAUUUCGUUUUUCAAUUCAAGAUUUCUUUAUUCAAGCUUACGUGAAAUUGUGCUCAGUUUACCGUUACCCACUUCACUCCACUAACCUGGGGUUUCUCACGUUUUUUUUUCUUUUCUUUUUGGCUUGCUUUUUCUCGAUUGAGCCCAAUGACUAUGCUCCUUGAUAGCGCUCCUCAGUUCCCGUCACUAGGAGUAGGGGGGUUCGGAACGCCUAGACACCAUGAGUUGGGAAACCGAGACCCCGGGCUGGGGCUUAGUCCCUUCGCAGAUUCAUCUCACUCGGCUGCCUUCAAGAUAAGUCCCGUUACUCACGAUAUCGCCUCAAGCCAGACAUCAGCGUUCACCCCACAAGCUACUGGAUACGCAGCCGCGCUCGGACACCACCAUGGAGGACAAGUUGGUUCUUACGCCGGUGGAGCAUUCAAUUCGACCAGGGACUUUCUCUUCAGAAACAGGGGCGCAGGCAUCGGAGAGACCGCACCACCGAGUGCCCAGCAUGGAAUCUUUGCCGCUUCUGCUGGGAGUCUACACGGCCCCCCCGGAAUUUCAGACAACCCGGGACAUCUGUUGUUUCCUGGACUUCACGACCAGAGCGUGAGCCACACUUCACCAGGAGGACAUGUUGUAAACAGCCAAAUGCACCUGGGUUUACGCGGGGACAUUUUUGGCCGCCCAGAUCCUUACCGACCUGUGGCGAGCCCUCGUACGGACCCUUACGGCACCGCUCAGCUUCAUAACUACAACCACCCCAUCAAUAUGAACAUGGGGAUGAACGUACCCACACACCACGGUCCGGGGGCCUUCUUCAGAUACAUGCGGCAGCCUAUUAAGCAAGAAUUGUCUUGUAAGUGGAUAGAUGAGAAUCAGAUGAACAGACCUAAAAAGACUUGUGACAGAACUUUCAGCACAAUGCAUGAAAUGGUGACACAUGUUUCGAUGGAACACGUUGGCGGCCCAGAACAGAGUAAUCAUGUUUGCUUCUGGGAGGACUGCCCGAGAGAGGGAAAAUCCUUUAAGGCCAAAUACAAACUCGUGAACCACAUCCGAGUGCACACUGGAGAGAAACCGUUUCCUUGUCCGUUCCCCGGUUGUGGGAAAAUCUUUGCAAGAUCAGAAAAUCUUAAAAUUCAUAAAAGAACUCACACAGGUGAGAAGCCAUUUAAAUGCGAGUUCGACGGCUGCGACAGGCGAUUUGCGAACAGCAGCGACAGGAAAAAGCACAUGCACGUGCACACAUCUGACAAGCCAUAUAUCUGCAAAGUGUGUGACAAGUCCUAUACACACCCCAGCUCUCUCAGGAAACAUAUGAAGGUACACGAAUCACAAGGCUCAGAGUCGUCUCCAGCUGCUAGUUCUGGAUACGAGUCGUCCACGCCGCCAGUGCUGGUUUCUGCGAACACUGAAGACCCGACAAAAACACCCACGUCUGCGGUGCAAAAUACAUCUGCACACAGCGAUGGACUACCGCCUAAUUUUAACGAAUGGUACGUUUGAAGCUCCAAGCAGACACUCAAAAGGUGGACCAAAAGGUUGAAGCAACCUUUAAAAAAACUAUUUACGCUAUGGCGUACAAAAUGGCAUUGAAACAACAGGAAAAGAUGAGAGUGCGCCAACAGGCCUCGUCUAUUCUCAGGAUUCGAAAUUUUGACUUUAUUCCGAGUUCGAAGAAAACUAGCAAGGCAUAAAAUAACAAAAUAACACUUUCUAAGAAUAAAUGGUUUUCCUUUAGUUUUCAGAUUUCAGAUGAUUAUUUUAUUUUUCAUUUUAUGUAUUUUCUGAAAAAAAUAUUUAAAAAUAAAUGGCAAAGAAAGAAUAUUUCACGGUGUUUUAUAUUAAGGUGACACUCACAUCACCUUUGAUUGAUUGUUAAAACUUCAGACAGUCUUAAGAAACGUGCCAAAGUCUUUGUCUUGAACUUGAACAAAAAAAUAAAACAUAAAUAAGUAUAUAGCCUACUCGUGAAUGUAUUUCCUUGUUUGAUGGAGUCAAAUCUGUUGUCCAAGUCCGUUUUCAGGUGGAGAAUGUGGUAUUAGCUUACGAUUGUUACCUUUGAAUAUAACGUUGCCUUUGUUAAUAAUGAUGUAAAUACAUAUCCAUGAUGCCAUAUUUAUCAAUUUGUAAUUUAAUUAUCGGCGAAAUAGCCGAAUCUUAAAUGAUAUUUAUGGAAAUGUUUUCUAACAAGACUGUACAGUUUUGAGUCAAUAACCAGUUUCAACGAUGAAAAAGGGAGUCCGUUCUAAAGUUCCCACGAUACGAUUGUAUCUUUUUUAACCAAUAAAUGUGUCUUAUCUGGGUCGUAAAGUAUUAAUUAUAUUAAUAUUAUAACAUGACAUGAUCUAUAGUUUCAAGUAUGCAUUUACCAACGUUAAGUUCAUGUGAGGACCGGUCUAAAAAGAAAAAAGAAAAAAACAAAAAAACAUUGGGUUUAAUUUUUUUCUUUUUCUUGCCAUCAGCCAUAUGAGCUAGUAGACUUUCUGGUUCUUAUCGAAAUUUUGUAUUUUUGUUUUCUCUUACUCUUAGCAUCAGAGUAUAGACUACAUCUCUAAGAAACACUUACAAAUUCGAGAGGCCCACUGACCAGUGUUUUUCCAUCGACACGCCACCUUUUGAUCAGAUACACCAUGCAAUAGUAUAGCUUUCAUUCAUGCAUCAACUUUGAACUCGUGUGACAGUGUAAAAGACAUUAGCCUAUAUUCUUGGGGUUAAGGUACAGCCAUUUGAAUCAGUAUGGUAUUCCAUUUUUGAUGGUUCAAGAACUGUCUUUGUGGAUGCAAAUCUGUGUUUAAUGUGUCAAAGAGGAGCAAUGAUCUGUCACAACAUUCUCAAAAUAAAACUUUCUGUCUGUCAGUUUGCAUUGUUUUAAAUGUAGUUCUUCUGUGAAUAUAGCGUGUUGUUUGUUAUGAGUACUGUGGUAUAACAUAUAGAAAACUUUGAUUACACAUUUGCUUGUUUUAUGUGAAUAACUUCUCAAGAUGUGGAACUGUAUGUGUGAAUGAAAUUUAGUAUUAAGAGUACUAGAACUUUUAAGGUGGACAAGUGAGGGAAUUAUGUGUUCAGUGACACCAAGAGUUACAGCAUUGCAUUGUUACAUAUUUUUUAAGAGACUAAAAUUAUGCAUAUAAAUAUAUUGUGCUUAUGAACAUGAUUUCAAACCACCAGCACUACUUUUGAAAACAAACGUUAAAAAAAAGCAGUACCUCGUAAGUAACGGUGAUAUAUAAAUACGUUUAUUUAAAUAAUUUAAUGAAUAUAUGUUUUAUAUACUAUUUUCUAUACGUUAAGUUAAAAGAAAUAAAGAUUUAUUUCAGCCACCUUUGAUGUAUCUUCAGCCCUGAUCUUGGACAGAUCUAAUGUACAAAUGGAGCUUGAAUGUGAUUGUGACAUUUUCUCGUGGAAAUGGGUCACGCAUCAAGUUAUUCCUGAAAAGCACAUGUUUAACUGAUGAACUGUGUCACUGUGCCAUUUUCGAGGCAAACGAUGUUACUUCAACAUACCCAUUCAGAAUUCAGCAAAAUCUUGUACUUUCUUUCAAAGUAGGGUUAUUGUUUGUUGGUUUGUUUAACAAACUAUUGAUGACAAAAUGUGAACAAGUUUUUGACUGGAAUUAAAACAAAUCCUGAAAUGUCACAAA